AAGUUUUUUUAAAGAAUAGAUCAUGCCAUAAAAUGCAAUAAAAUAUUUUAUGCUUUAUUUUAAAAAUAAUAAUAAUAAAACCUAAACCCAGUAGACCCAGACUGGAGAAGGGCAUUGAGUCGAGUCCUUUCUGUAUGUACAUGAAGAAAUUCUGUUCUAUCUGUCUGCACUGUAGAAACACCCACACACACACACACACUCUUUACAUAUCUGAAACUGGGACUGGAGACAAGCUGCUGAACUCUCACGCUCUAAAUCUGAGGUUGAAACUGUAAAGCAGUCCAGUUUGUGACUCGUGACCCAGUUCCAUGUGGUUACUGGAUUACAGCCCACACGGCUGCACUGGAGAAUCCUGCACUAAAUCUUCUCAUUCCCCGGGACUGGAGACAAGCUGCUGAACCCUCACGCUCUAAAGUCUGCUGGCGCCCUCAAGUGGUCACAUCUGGAUAGUUCAUCCUUUAAAGCGUACAGUUUAUAGCUCAGUAAUUCCAUCCUGAAUACGAGGACGUGAGCCGGUGUGAUGGGAGGUGUGAGUGUGAGAGUGCUCGUCUUCAUCCUCGUCACUGUGUUCUCACUCAGUGUAAGAGUGAGAGCAGAGGUGAAGAACCUGGACAUGGCUUCUAAUGCAGUCGACGAUGCCUUCUCACAGUGUCGAGACAAAAUGCUGAAGGCUGUUACUGAACCGGACGGCCUGCUGCAGAAGGAAUUAAAUGCUAGCAAAGAGUUUAAGGAUUUAUGGAGUAAACACAGUGGUGUGUGCAAUAAGAACAUUCCUGGUGGAACAUUUUAUCACAUCGAUGCUCUACAGGCUUAUGCAAAUUCUGAUUCUAAAUUCAGAAAAACCUUCAAUGACUUGGUUUACAGCAAAGGCAGCACCUAUAAAGAGACAUUCCCCUUCAAGUCUCUUCACUUCCUGCUGACAGACUCUCUGCGACUGUUGAAUCGCUCAAAUCUCUGUAAGACGGUGUUCUACGCCACCAGUAACAGCUACACAGCACGAAUAGGGAACGAGGUCCGUUUUGGGAAGUUCAUCAAAGCCAUAAUCACCCUGAGCUCUGAAACUGAAGUUGUGGAGUUAGAAGGUGGAGGCACCUUGUUUAACAUCACUUCCUGUUCGGUGGUUAAUGUUGAAGAGAACACGUGUAAAUCUGAGGAAGUCCAGUGUCUUAUUUCUCCAACUGAGGUCUUCAAAGUGCAGAAAGUCAGAGAUGUUAAAACCGAAGAUGCCACUUAUAAAGAGAUCACUUUAACACACUUACGCUUUCUCAGCAAACACACCUGCUCCUUCUUCAGGUCAGAUCUUCCUCCUGUUGGUUCCUCUGCUCCAUUACUGAGUUUCAGGAUUCUGGUGGCAGUGAUCUUCUCCCUUCUGACAAGCCUUGUGCUCAAGUCCCUGCUCUAGAUCUCAACAAGUUUUCAUUUAUUAAAUCCAGAGUUUGUUCUUCUAUGUUUUUGACAUACUUUUCUUAUUUAGUUCGCUAGAUUAAAUGUUUACAGGUUGGAGUUUGCUGUUCUGUAAACCUGCAGUCAUGCAUCAGGCUACCAGGCUGAGCUCUGAGCCGGGCAACAUUCAUUUACAAACACACAGCUUGGCAUCUCAACAUAUUUUUAUGUAAAUCAUCUCAAUGGUCAUGUGACCUUAGCAGCCGUUAUGUUGGCUCUGUGGUCUUCUCAUAAUAUCUCAUCUCAUUUCCUGUAAGCUUGAAGUUGAGUGUUUUGUAAGGAACACAUUGAGAACUGAUCUUUAUCUUAAACUAGUGCUGGAUCACAUUCAGUUCUGUAAAGGAAGCAAUUUUACUUCAAUUAAACUUGUGAUUAAUGGGGUCAUAACAUUGUUCAUGCACUAACACAAUACAGUAUAAUAUAAUACAGUAUAAUAUAAUACAGUAUAAUAUAAUACAAUAUAAUAUAAUACAGUAUAAUAUAAUACAAUACAAUAUUACAGAAUAGAUCAGAAUAGAAUAGAUUACUUUAUUUAACGUUUUAUUUCAACGCUGACCAUCAUCUCAUUCAUACAUCUUCAUAUUAAUGUUUUUGAUUUACUGCUUUAAUUGUCAUUUAUGUUACAUCAUAUUUCAUUCUUCAACAAAGAUUAAAACAAAAACCUUAGAAAUUA